AUGUCUUUGACUUUUAUUAACUUAGAAGACAGUCCUGAUAAACCAAAACCUUUUGGUUUAGCUAGUGGAAUGAUCGAAGACUUUUUACAUAAUCCAUUAGAAAUGUUGAGAACUUUAAAAUGUGAUAAAACAAGCGGCAGUUGGGACUUAGGAAAAAUAAGAGAGAUUCUAAAUAAAAUAAAUGAUCUUGCAAUUUAAAAUAAUGUGAGUCAUGAUGUAAUAAAACCACGCAAAAUUUCUUUUUAGAAUGAUAAAUUAAUUGAAGAAGUGAGUGACUUUGAUAAACUAUACAAUUCAUUUAAGAAUUCAUAAUAAUUUGAUAAUAAAUCUGAAAGAAUUCAAAAAAUAAUAAAGGAUUUCAAAAAUAGAGUAAUACAUGGAAAAAUUAGACCUAAAUCUGUUUAGACAAAGAUUUUUGUAUAACCUAAGAAAUUGAAAGUAAUGAGCAAAGAUUUUGAAUACAAAUUAAAGUCUAUUAAUGAAAAAUAUAGUAGGAGAGUUAGUCAAAUGGUUGUAAAAAGUAGAUAUAUGAAUAAUUCUCCAUUAAAUACAAACUUUUAAUAAACAACUAAUACUGAAUUUGUUCGUCCUUAGACUACAUGUUCAGCUAGAAAGACAUAUUCAUUUCGUAGAGAAAAAACCUUUGAUUUAGAUUAAAAAUUUUAAUAAAAUAUAAAAACUAAUAGAAAGAGAGCAAAAUCUGGAUAUUAAGUUGGAAAUUUUGAAUAAGAAAAAUAAAAUUAAUCAAUAAUAUCUAAGAUUAUGAAAAAAUCAGAAAGACAUUUACAUAAGAAAGUUAAUCUAAAAAAAUAUGAUUUAGAAAAUCUUGAUAUUUAACCAACAUUCAUGUUAGAUGAUAGUGAUUCUUAAACUAAAAGAUUAAUGAAAUGUAUUUAAUUCAAUCCACUUAAUUCAAUUUAAUAAGAAUAUCAAAACUAUAUGCCAAAUGAUGAUGAUUUCAUUGUGAAAUUAAGUUUUUAAUAAAUUUAAUAAAAAGAAAAGAGAUUAAAUAAUAAAAAAUAAAAAGUAUACUGUGCUAUAGCCUAAAGUAAAAACAUCUAAGAUCUAAAUUGA